GUGAAAGGAAAGGUGGGAGUGUCUGGCAGACCCGUGCACAAGACUAGGUCAGGCUAAAAUUGGCCUUUUUGAGACAACACGAGGAAGGGAUAGUGGGUCCAUCCUCAUCUCCCUCUCUCACCACGCGCACAUCCACCGCCCACCAGGAUGCAGAAUCCCAACGAAGACACAGAAUGGAACGACAUCUUGCGACAGAAAGGCAUCCUGCCACCAAAGGAGCCCGAGGUGACAGAGGAGAUGCUGACAGAGAUGAUUGAGCAAACCAUCGAAGAGAAGCAGAGUGCAGAUGCCCGUCUUGGGAAGCUGAAUCUUGAAGAGCUGGAUGAGCUGGAGGAUGAUGAGGAUGAGGCCAUUUUGUUGGAGUACCGCAAGAAAAGGCUGGCUGAGAUGAAGGCUGAGAUUGAAGCCAGCAAGUUUGGAGAGGUGUUGGAAAUCACUGCCCAGGAUUAUGUGGAAAAGGUGAACAAGGCUGGGCCAGGUGUGUGGGUGUUCCUGCAUCUGUACAAGCAAGGUGUGCCUCUGUGUGCCCUCAUCAACCAGCACCUCCCUAGAUUAGCAGCAAAGUUUGCCAAGGUGAAGUUCAUCAAGGCUAUCUCAACUACCUGCAUUCCUAACUUCCCUGACCGCAACCUUCCUGCCAUCUUCGUCUAUUUUGAGGGUCAGAUGAAGAAGCAGUUCGUUGGAGCAGCUGAAUUUGGGAAAGACAAGAUCACGUUAGAGGAACUGGAAUGGAAACUGUCCCGCACCGGUGCCUUCACCACUGACCUUGAGUGUGACCCUCGAGGGCCUAAGGUGAAGGACGUCAUGAUGAGCUCCCUGCGUGGUGACCGUGACAGCAGCGAUGACGAGAGUGAUGAGAAUGACUGGUGAGGCUGUGACAGAGGGAAAAGCCUUUUAGGAGGGAGGGAGGCUUGAGACCAAUAAAUAUUUGAUGCUCU